CUACAAGAAAGUCCCAAACUUAAUUUACCAAAUCAUUCUAUUCAUCACUUUUUGGAUCCCUAAAAAGUAGAGAGAAUCAUCAAAUCCUCUAAUAAUAUCCCCCUCUCUUUUCCAUUUCAGCUAAUAAACAAAACCGCUCAUUUUGACACAUUCAAAAAAGUUACUUCCUUCCUUCCCUCCUUUUCUUUUCUUCACCAAACCAAUUCAAAAGCAAAAGCACCUCCUAAAAAGAGAUCACACUCACAUUCAUAAAGCAUCAAAAGCUAAAGAUAACCACGUUAAGAAAUCCCAAACUUACACUCACUUACACAAAUAACACUAUGCCAAGUUCAAUUAUAUAUACAAAUUCACUGCUCGUGUUCGACUUCUUUACACUUUUAUGUGUGCUAGCUAUCAAGUAUGUCGUCGACGUCGUCGGAGAUUGUUUUAGCUGAGCCAAUUCAAGAAACAUACCAUGAAAUUGAUGAGAGGGAUAUUCCAAGUACAAGUAGUGGAAUUAGUAGUAGGAGUUUUACUAGAUCAAUUACUUAUGGAGAUGAUGAUUAUGAUAAUUAUGUGCCUAAACCCUUUGAAAGCGAGAAAUUGCCUCUUUCUUUGGCUCCUGAUAUUCGACGGUUUCUUCGUGUUGCUAACCAGAUUGAAAGCCAAGAACCUCGUGUUGCUUAUCUCUGCCGUUUCCAUGCUUUUGAGAGAGCACAUAAUAAGGACAAAAAAUCUAAAGGGCGUGGUGUUCGGCAGUUCAAAACUGCAUUACUUCAGCGCCUUGAGCAGGAUAUGGAAGACAGUAUUGCUAGGCGGAAAGAAAAGAGUGAUAUACGUGAGCUUAGACGUGUUUUUAAUGGAUAUAAAGAUUAUAUCAACAGACACACUGGAACUGAGGAAUUCAUCAACAAAGAUAAGUUUACAAAUGCACGUGACAUUGCGUCUGUUCUGUAUGAAGUAUUAGUUGCAGUUACAAGAGCAACUGGUCAUCAGGUUCAUGGUGAUAGAGGCUCAAUUGAUCAUGUCACGUACAAUAUCUUGCCACUGGGUAAUGAUGGUGUUCAUCUACCUAUCAUGGUACUCCCUGAGAUCAAGGUUGCUGUAGCAGCUGUACGCAAUAUUCGUGGUUUACCAUUCAUGGAUGAAUUCAAAAAGAACAAAUCUCCCAGGGCUACUUAUGACAUAUUUGACUGGCUUGGUUUUAUCUUCGGGUUUCAGAAAGGAAAUGUUGCCAACCAAAGGGAGCAUCUAAUUCUAUUGCUUGCCAACACCCACAUCCGACAGAGUCACAAGCUAGCAUCAGUGCUGCAGUUUUCUGAUGGAGCAUUGGAUGGACUAAUGAGAAAAUUCUUCAAAAAUUACACAAAGUGGUGCAAGUUUUUAGGCAAAAAAAGCAACAUUCGGUUACCCUAUGUGAAACAGGAAGCUCAACAAUAUAAACUAUUGUAUAUAGCACUUUAUCUUCUAAUUUGGGGAGAAGCUGCAAACUUGCGAUUGAUGCCAGAAUGUCUUUGUUAUAUAUAUCACCAUAUGGCGUAUGAGUUGCAUAGCAUGUUGACUGAUGCUGUUAGCUUGAUGACAUGGGAGAAGGUCAUGCCGGUAUAUGGAGGAGAGGAUGAGGCUUUUCUUAAAAAAGUUGUCGGACCCAUUUACGAUGUUAUAUCUAGGGAAGCUAAGAAAAGCAAUAGUGGAAUUGCUGAUCAUUCUAAAUGGAGAAACUAUGAUGACCUGAACGAGUACUUCUGGUCACCAGAUUGUUUUUCAAUAGGUUGGCCAAUGCGUACAGAUAAAAAUGAUCUUCAUGAUUUUUUCUUUGUGAACAAUUCUCCUGCUAAUCAAAGUAAGAAGAAGAAAUUUCCUGAUUAUCAAAGUAAGGGCAACAUCUUUGUUCGCUUUAAGAAGUUUAUAGGAAAGAGCGCGGUGAAGGAUGAGGAAGAAGGAAUUCUGGAGACUGAAGACAAGGACAGUAAAAACAAAUGGCUGGGGAAAACAAAUUUUGUUGAGAUUCGUUCGUUUUUGCAGUUAUUUAGAAGUUUUGAUCGAAUGUGGAGCUUCUUAAUUUUAGCCCUUCAGGCACUAGUUAUUAUUGCAUGUCAUGAUGUUACCUCUCCUCUUCAGUUGAUUGAGACAACAAUACUUGAGGAUUUAAGUAGCAUCUUCAUCACAUCUGCAGGACUCAAAGUGGUACAAGCUAUUCUUGAGAUUGCAUUUACAUGGAAAGCUAGGACAACAAUGGAUACCAAACGAAUCUGGAAAUAUGUUUUGAGGCUAAUUAUUGCCACAAUAUGGGCAAUAAUUCUUCCUGUAUUCUACGUGAACACGAGAAGGAAAUAUACUUGUUACUCCAUCCGGCCUGGGACCUUGCUAGGAAAGUGGUGUUAUUCAUCAUACAUGAUGGCGGUUGCUAUUUACCUUAUUGGUAAUGCAGUUGAUGUGAUCCUUUUCUUUGUUCCCGCAAUUGGUAGAUAUAUUGAGACCUCAAAUAACAGGAUCUGCACCUAUCUAUCUUGGUGGACACAGCCUAGAUUAUUUGUUGGACGUGGAAUGCAAGAAGAUCAAGUUUCCUCAUUCAAGUAUAUGUUAUUCUGGGUGCUGCUACUACUGAGCAAACUGUCUUUCAGUUAUUAUUUUGAGAUAAAGCCACUUAUAGAACCAACCAGACAAAUGAUGCGAGUUGGUUCGCAUAGAUAUCAAAGGCGUGAGCUAUUUCCUCAUGUCAAGAGUAAUGCAGGUGUACUUGUUGCUGUUUGGGCUCCUAUUCUUUUGGUAUAUUUUAUGGACACACAGAUCUGGUAUUCUGUUUUCUGUGCACUUUUUGGUGGCAUUUAUGGAAUUCUGCAUCACCUUGGUGAAAUACGGACACUAGGAAUGCUACGAAGUAGAUUUCAGUUGCUGCCUUCAGCAUUUAAUGCUCGCUUGAUUCCACCGAAUUUAAAAAAUGAUAGAGGCAGAAUAAGCAAAGGGUUCUUUAGUCAACUGAAAAAGGCAUCUGGAGACAAAAAGGGUGAUCUAGCAAAGUUUGUUACAAUGUGGAACCAAAUAAUCAUCAGUUUCCGGCAAGAGGACUUGAUAAACAACAGAGAGAGGGAUUUGAUGAUUAUGCCCUUGUCAGCAGAAAUAUUAUCCGGCCAUGUUCGUUGGCCUGUCUUCCUUUUGACAAAUGAAUUCUCAACAGCAUUGAGCAUUGCUAAGGAAUUUGAUGGGAAAGAUGAAGAUCUAAUUCAAAGGAUAGGAAGAGGUAGCCUAAUGUACUUUGCGGUGAAAGAGUGCUAUAAGUCAUUGAAGUAUAUUUUUGGAAUCAUUGCUGCUGGGGAAUUGGAGAAGAGAAUUGUUUCAGGUAUUAUAUCUGAAAUCAACGAAAGCAUCCAAAGCUCUACCCUGCUUGAAAAGAUUCAAUUGAGUGAACUACCAGCUCUACAUGCUAAAUGUGUAGAAUUGGUUGAGCUACUGGUCAAAGGGAAUGAGCUUUAUCAUGUUGUAGUAGUAGAUGUGGCUCGUCAUGAUGAUGUAGUAGGUGCUCUUUAUGUUCAAGUAGUGAAAGUACUCCAAGACAUAUUUGAACUUGUGACAAAUGAAAUGAUGAUAAAUGGUUCCAGAACUUUGGAUACGCUCCAUUCUUCUGAUCAAAAAGUUGAAGAUUCAGCAUUCUUCUCUAGGGAGAUUCAACCAGAAAUAUUUGCAUCGAAGGACUCUAUUCAUUUCCCAUUGCCUAAUGAUGGGGCGCUUCAUGACAAAAUAAAACGCUUUCUCCUGCUGCUUACAGUCAAAGACAAAGCUAUGGAUGUUCCUGCAAACUUGGAUGCUCGGAGGCGCAUCUCUUUCUUUGCCACUUCUCUCUCUAUGAAUAUGCCUGCUGCUCCUAAAGUGCGAAAUAUGCUAUCAUUCAGUGUGUUGACCCCACAUUACAUGGAAGAAGUCAAGUUUUCUAUGAAAGAACUUUUAUCAAGCCAAGAACAAGUAUCAAUCAUAUUCUAUAUGAGAAAGAUAUAUCCAGAUCAGUGGAAAAAUUUCUUAGAACGUAUGGAUUGUGAAGAUUUAAAUGAUUUGAUGGAAAAAGACAAAGAGGCUGAGCUUAGGGAUUGGGCUUCGUUCCGGGGUCAGACUUUAAGCAGAACAGUCAGAGGAAUGAUGUACUACAAAAAAGCCCUGAAAUUACAAGCAUAUCUUGACAUGGCAGAGGAUAAAGAUAUUCUUCAAGGUUAUGAUGCCAUUGAGAGGGGGAAUGAGAGUCUCUCUGCUCAUCUGGAUGCAUUAUCAGACAUGAAAUUUACAUAUGUUGUUACAUGGCAAAUGUACGGUACAUGCAAAAGAGAUGGUGAUCCACGUGCACAGGACAUGCUUGAUCUGAUGACUAGGUACCCAGCUUUACGUGUUGCUUAUGUUGAAGAGACAGAAGAAACAAUUGCAGAUGAGUCUGAAAAGGCUAAGGUUUAUUCGUCUGUGCUAGUCAAAGGCGGAAUCAAUGGUCAUGACCAGGAGGUGUAUCGUAUAAAGCUUCCCGGUCCGCCUAAUAUAGGUGAAGGAAAACCAGAAAACCAAAACCAUGCAAUAAUUUUUACACGUGGUGAAGCCCUCCAGACAAUAGAUAUGAAUCAAGAUAACUAUUUGGAAGAAGCUUACAAAAUGAGAAACAUACUGCAAGAAUUUUUUGAAGACCGAGGACGCCGGGCUCCCACUAUAGUCGGUUUGAGAGAACAUGUAUUUACUGGAAGUGUUUCUACCCUAGCAUGGUUCAUGUCAUACCAAGAGACAAGCUUUGUGACCAUUGGCCAGAGAAUAUUAGCUAAUCCUCUCAGGGUACGGUUUCAUUAUGGUCAUCCAGAUAUAUUUGAUAGGAUAUUUCACAUAACACGAGGAGGUAUCAGCAAAGCAUCAAAAACAAUAAACCUAAGCGAGGAUGUUUUUGCGGGAUUCAACUCUGUACUGCGGCGUGGAUAUGUGACUUAUCAGGAAUAUAUCCAAGUGGGAAAGGGUCGUGAUGUAGGACUAAUCCAGAUAUCAAAAUUUGAAGCGAAAGUAGCUAAUGGAAACAGUGAACAGACUCUAACCCGUGACAUUUAUCGUCUUGGGCAGCAAUUUGACUUCUUCCGGAUGUUAUCAUGUUAUUACACAACCAUUGGUUUCUAUUUCAGUAACCUGGUAUCAGUUAUUUCCAUUUAUGUGUUCCUCUACGGGCAGUUGUACCUUGUUCUAAGUGGACUGCAAAAAGUACUCAUAAUUGAAGCUCGAGUCCAUAACGUACAGUCCUUAGAAACUGCUCUGGCUUCACAGUCAUUUAUACAACUAGGACUCUUGACGGGGCUACCUAUGGUUAUGGAGAUUGCAUUAGAGAGAGGGUUUUACACCGCUCUUAAAGAUUUUGUUCUUAUGCAGCUGCAGCUUGCUUCUGUAUUCUUCACCUUUUCUUGUGGAGCAAAAUCUCAUUAUUAUGGCCGAACAAUUCUCCAUGGUGGUGCCAAAUAUAUUCCUACAGGUCGCAAAGUUGUGAUAUUUCAUGCCACCUUCUCAGAAAACUACAGAUUGUAUUCGAGAAGCCACUUUGUAAAAGGGUUUGAGCUGCUGCUACUGUUGACUGUGUAUGAUCUGUAUCGGAAGUCCUAUCAAAGCAGCAUGGCAUACGUUCUGAUCACCUAUGCAAUCUGGUUCUUGUCGCUGACAUGGUUGUUUGCUCCAUUUCUGUUUAAUCCAUCUGGCUUUGACUGGCCUAUAAUUGUAGAUGACUGGAGAGAUUGGAAUAAGUGGAUACGGCAGCAAGGUGGUAUAGGAAUCCCACCUGAUAAGAGUUGGCAGUCCUGGUGGGAUGAUGAGCAGGAGCAUAUUCGCCGUUCCAGAUGGAGUUCUAGGAUCAUUGAAAUUAUUCUCUCACUAAGGUUUUUCGUGUAUCAGUAUGGUUUGGUCUAUCAAUUAGACAUAUCCAAAAACAGCAGCAAUUUUAUUGUGUACGUGCUCUCAUGGGUUGUCAUAGGUGUGAUUUUUCUAUUGGUUAAGAUAGUGAAUGUGGGAAGGCAGUGGCUCAGUGCUAAUCAUCAGUUUUUGUUCAGACUAUUCAAAGCAUGUCUUUUCUUGGCUGUUAUAUCUACUAUUAUCACGCUUUCGCUCUUAUGCAAUCUGUCUAUCAUGGACUUGAUUGUGUGCUGCCUGGCCUUUCUUCCCACUGGAUGGGGAUUGAUAUUGAUUGCACAAGCUCUAAGGCCACUGAUAGAGAACACUGGAAUCUGGGACUUUGCUCAGGUUUUUGCUCGAUGGUAUGAUUUUGGCAUGGGCGUUGUCCUUUUUGCUCCCAUCGCCUCAUUUUCCUGGCUUCCGAUUAUUUCAGCCUUUCAAACUCGGUUUCUUUUCAAUGAAGCCUACAACAGGAGGUUACAUAUUCUACCUAUUCUUCAAGGCCAAGGGAAAAAGAAGUGCACUUAGGUUGCUCAGGAUAGCUCAUUCUUCUCUAUGUAUAGUCAAACCAUAUUAACAAAACCUUAGGUAGAUGUAAAAAUAACAUAGGCAUAUUUUUUCAGAACAAUAUAGGAAUUUUAUUGUGUAGCUUGAGAACAAAUAAAAUUUGAAAUGGUAUAUAGAUUAGCAGUAAUACCAGUAUUUUAAGAAAACUAUUGCAACAAGUUCUCCCUCAAAAUUUGGAUUACUAAUAACAUUAAUCUGAGAUAAUUCAACAGAACUAAUUAGAGUCUGCAAUUUUCUUAAGCUCACUUGCAACUUCAAUCAUACUUGGUCUGUCAUCUUCAUUACGAUGUGUGCAUCUCCAAGCAAGCUCAAAUACUUCCUGCAAUUGCUGUUGCUUUCCACUAUCUUCUAUUUCACAUGAAAUUUCAGGAUCUACGAACAUACUGAUCUUAAGAUUUUGGUCAUGUUCCCGUAUUCUUCUAGAAAUAUCAAAUUGGUACCAAUAUGUAAGCCUGUUGCGGCCAACCAAAAGCUCAAAAAGCAGUACACCUAAACAAUAUACGUCAGUUUUUUCUGUCAACCUUCCAGACAUUAUAUACUCAGGUGCAUUACUACCUGUAGUUCCAACUACUGCAUCAUUGACAUGAACUUCACCUUCAGGGAUCAACACUGAGAAGUAGUACCCUGUGAGCUUCGUGACAUAGUCUUUGUCCAAAUAUACAUCUUUAAUGCUCAAGUUUCUGAAAAUCACCGGCCUACAAAAACCAUUUUG